AUGAGCAGUAAAAGAAGACUUGUGGUGUCAUCGGGUAAAAAAGAAUCGCAUUUUGUGCACGAUGUUACGAAAUCCUUUUUAGAUUCCGACGAUGAUAUGCCGGCAAAACCAAAACAAGAGCAUAAGAAGAAAGUGGAGACUCCGGCUAAAAAGAGGACGAAGCCUCUCGUGUUGACCGAUGAAGAAGACACUUCAGAAGAAGAUGAAUUGAUACUUGGAAAUGAUAAAGAGCUGAAGAAGGCGAAAAAGAGUGGGAAGAAGGCGUUGCCGCCUGGGCAACAAACUUUGAAUUUUUCCAAAGCCCCAACGUCAUCUGAAAAACGUGAAGAGGAGACGAAAAAGACUUACGCAAAGACCUUUGUGAACCCAGCUGAUUUCUUUAAAAACUCUCCAGUUCCAUCGGCUUCUAAACUUCCAAAAGUGGUUACAAAAGUCAAUAAAACUGUUGAAAAGUUCUCUAAAUCACCGGCAAAAAAGGUCAGCCCAUCAACAAAAGAGAACACUAAAGCUAAGAAGGUGUCCGAUGAUGAAUUCGUCGAUUCCGAUGACAGUUUUGACACAUUCACUCCGAUUACUGCUAAAAAGAAAACACCAGAGAAGAAGAAGACUCCAGAAAACAAGAAAGAACCUGAGGCGGUGAAGGUACUUCCAAAAGUAAAGGACAUUGUGAAAGCAGAAGAAGAGCCCAAAAAGGAACACAAGAAAUCGAAACUUCCACCUCCAAAAGUGUCUUCCGAUGUAUCUUCGUCUAGUCAAGUGUCCACGUCAUCUGUCGAAUUCUCUUCAAAGCCAAAAGGACCUGAGCCUGUACUCUCAUGGGUCGACAAAUAUAAGCCGAAACGUCUAGGCGAACUUGUUGGCCAAUUUGGUGAUAAGAGUCCAAUGAACAAGCUAAUGGAGUGGCUGAACGAUUGGGCCAAGCAUAAUCUUGGCGAGGGCGCCAAAAUCAAGAAGCCAAAGCCUGCGCCUUGGAUGGCAUCUCAGGAUGGAACUCCGUUCAAGGCUGCUCUUCUUUCUGGAUCUCCAGGGGUUGGAAAGACGACAUGCGCUUAUAUGGCUUGCCAGCAACUCGGUCUCAAACUUGUAGAGAUGAAUGCAUCCGAUGUUCGUAACAAGAAACAUCUAGAAGCGAAAAUUGGCGAGCUAUCCGGAUCUCAUCAGAUUGAAGAGUUCUUUGGCGUCAAGAAGUGCGUUCCCCAAGACAAUUCGAAAGUUCAUCAUGUGUUGAUCAUGGAUGAAGUUGAUGGAAUGUCUGGAAACGAGGAUCGCGCUGGAAUCUCGGAACUCAUUCAAAUCAUCAAGGAAUCCAAAAUUCCAAUCAUCUGCAUCUGCAACGAUCGUAUGCACACAAAAAUCCGUUCUCUGGCCAACUACUGCUACGAUUUGCGUUUCCCAAAGCCACGUGUCGAGAUGAUUCGUUCUCGAAUGAUGACGAUUUGCUCACAGGAGAAGCUGAAAAUCACCAAAGAAGACUUGGAUGAAAUCAUCGAAUUAUCGGGUCACGAUGUUCGUCAGACGAUAUACAAUCUCCAGAUGAGAUCAAAGUCUUCGAAUGCCAAAGUCAAUAAGAAGGAUCUGUCUUGGGGUCCAUUCGAAGCAGCUCGACGCCUUCUGGAUUCUCGAACUACGUUGAUGGAAAAACAAGAAAUGUUUUUCGUGGAUUACGGUAUCAUGCCACUUUUUGUCCAAGAGAACUAUCUCAAUAUGAAGAACGAGAAACAUAAGCCACUGGAAGCGAUUCGUGGACUUCGAAAGGCUUCUGAUCUCAUCUCCCUCGGAGAUAUCGUUGAUCGACAGAUUCGUGGAGGUGGAUCAUGGAAACUACUCAAUGAGCAAAGUAUGUUAUCAGCAGCACUACCAGCAAUGGCAACUGGUGGCCAUCUAAAGGCCAUCUUCAGUUCCCCUCGUGGCUUGGAAAGAAUUCCAGUGCUGGAAAGAAGAAGAGACUUCUACAACAACUCGUACAACAUACUCAUCUUAGGUUUUAGCCGAGUUUCCGCUGGAACUCAUUCAUUCGCUACUGAUUAUGCUCCAAUGCUUCGUCAGAAGAUAACAAAACCACUCAUACAACACGAAGUUGAUGGAAUUCCAGCUGUUAUUGAGACAAUGACAGAGUAUGAUCUGAUCAAAGACGAUGCAGAGGCACUCACCGAAAUUGUUACCUGGCCUGGAAAAAUCGAUCCAGCUAGCAAGAUUUUGAGCAAAGUCAAAGCUUCGUUGACUCGUACUUUGAACAAAACCAACAGAAUGCUACCGUACUCGAUUGAUGACGUGGCAAAAGGAAAGCGGAAGGGAGUGAAUGCGAUUGGAAUCGAAAUGGAUGCAGAAGGAAAUCUAGUGGAGCAAUUCGAAGAUGAGGAUGGAGAGUCCGAUAAUGAGGAGGAGAAGCAGCCGACUACUACAGAAGUUAUUGUGAAAACCAGAGUUGGUGGAUCAGCUGGGUCAUCCAAACCAGCUCGAGGAGGUCGUGGUGGAGGUCGUGGUGGAAGAGGAGGCAGCAAGAAGUGA